AUGAAAAUUGGAAAUAUCCAAAUAAGGAAUAUACAUAUUAAGCAUAUGAAUGUAGAACGAAUGAAUGUAGAAAAUAUGCAUGUGAAAAAAAUACAUGCAAGGAAUACGUAUAUGGAAGGUAGGAAAUUGGAGAAUAUGAAUGUAACAAAUAUUACUAUGAAAGGUACAGAAUGUUCUAUGUUACGGAAUCAGUAUGUUUUUUUAAGUUGUCAUGAAUAUAUUAUUUUUGCAGGGAAAAGGUUUUUUUCUUUACAAAAUGACAAAAUAAAAAAAAAGGAGAUAAACACGCCACUGCCUGUUUAG